AGACGAGCGAUCUCACUCUCUCUGCCCAUGGCGACACACAGGUUAAACCCUAGCGGUAUCGCUUUUCUCUCCCUACUACUCUUCAUCUCGAUCGCUUCUGCUAAAGUSUUCUUCGAGGAACGUUUUGACGAUGGAUGGGAAAGCCGGUGGGUUAAAUCUGAUUGGAAGAAAGACGAGAACAUGGCGGGGGAAUGGAAUUACACCUCUGGUAAAUGGAAUGGAGAUGCCAAUGAUAAAGGUGUACAGACCAGUGAAGACUACAGGUUUUAUGCCAUAUCUGCUGAGUACCCUGAAUUCAGCAAUAAGGAUAAAACACUAGUCUUCCAAUUUUCUGUCAAGCAUGAGCAGAAGCUUGACUGUGGUGGUGGCUACAUGAAGUUGCUUAGUGGUGAUGUGGACCAAAAGAAGUUUGGYGGCGAUACCCCCUAUAGUAUCAUGUUUGGACCUGAUAUCUGUGGGUAUGCCACAAAGAAAGUCCAUGCAAUUCUUACAUACAAUGGGGAAAACAAAUUGAUCAAGAAAGAUGUUCCUUGUGAGACUGACCAGCUUACACAUGUUUAUACCUUCAUACUCCACCCUGAUGCAACCUACAGUAUCCUCAUUGACAAUGAAGAGAAACAAACAGGAAGCUUGUACUCUGAUUGGGAUCUUCUCCCAUCAAAGCAAAUAAAGGACCCAGAGGCCAAAAAGCCUGAAGAUUGGGAUGAGAAGGAGUUCAUUGCCGACCCUGAGGACAAGAAACCAGAGGGUUAUGAUGACAUCCCAAAGGAGAUUGCAGACCCAGAAGCCAAAAAGCCAGAAGACUGGGAUGAUGAGGAAGAUGGCGAGUGGACAGUCCCAACUAUUCCAAACCCUGAGUACAAGGGUCCAUGGAAGGCAAAGAAAAUCAAGAACCCCAACUACAAAGGGAAGUGGAAGGCACCUAUGAUUGACAACCCAGAUUUUAAGGAUGACCCUGAUCUCUACGUUUUCCCCAAGUUGAAGUAUGUUGGCAUCGAGUUGUGGCAGGUAAAAGCUGGAACUCUGUUUGACAACGUGUUGAUAUGUGAUGAUCCUGAAUAUGCGAAACAAUUAGCAGAAGAAACCUGGGGAAAACAAAAAGAUGCUGAGAAAGCGGCAUUUGAAAAGAAACAACAGGAGGAGGAGGAGUCAAAGGAUGAUCCGGUUGAUUCUGAUGCGGAGGAGGAGGAGGAGGAGGAAGGCAAUGACAGUGAUGAUGCGGAAGCGGAGGAUGAUGAAAGUGAUAUUAAGGAUGAACUAUAGGUGAGAUGUUGAGAAGGGAUUUUGUUUUGUUUUUCUAGACCUAGUGGUUGGAAUUGGAAUAGGAAUAGAUAGAUAUAAAACAAUUUAAUAUAUAAAACUAAGGGACAAGAUUUGCAUGGAGAUAUUGAGUUGGUAUUUUUAAGUUUAACUCUGUAGAUUUGGUAUUUGGUAUUUUUCCAACAUUGUAAACCUUUUUCAACAAGAUAACCAUACCAAAUGCUUUAUAGAUGA